AUGCAAGAGUACAAGAUUACUCCAAAGGAACUAUGUCAUAACGUCAAGAAAAAGGAUUCAAAAUCUCUAUGCAGAGUCUUUCAUACAGGUAGGCAAAGCCCAAAUAUAGAAAUGCACCCCAAACACGGCAGUACUGCUUUUGAUGGUAGAAACCUCCCCCAUUCAACCCCAUUAACUAUUCCAAAAGCUGAUGGUAGCACCGGACCAGGUUCUAGAAGUGAAUGCCAGGUGAAGAAGAGUGAUGAAGAGACUGGAUUAUUAACUGUGGCUGAGAGAUUUACAGAUCCUCCUGCAGAAAAUCUGCAUGAACUUGAUUGUAUUUUAGGAGGUGACUACUUGGAGUUACACGAUCUUGCUAACCCCAACUCACCUUCUUCCAGUUCAGACAAUUCGAGCUGUCUGUCCUUGACAUCAGAAGAGUGUUUUGAUACAUUGGCCCUGUUGCAAGAUCUUGAGGAUGGAAAUAACAAAGACUUGCCAAAGAAGGAUUCUAGUUUCAAGUUGAAUGUAUCUGCAUCUGUCAGGCCAAAUGAGGUGGUUAUGCCUCCAGCCACACUAGGAUCUCUAAUUAGUGGAUGUGGAAGUAAGUUGCCUGUGGAAAGGACCCAAUCUGUUUCAGCUAGUAAGGAGAAAUUCAUAGAAAGAAGAGUCCCUGAGCAUGCUGCUGUCAAGAGGCUGAAGGCGAACCAUAUAAAUGGAGGUACAUCAAAUUUCUCUAAUGUCGCCGAAUCAUCUAGUACCGCUAAACCUGUCUCAGAAGGGCAGACUGAGCCUGUUGUUGUCAGAAUGAAAAAGCUGAAGAAGAAAUAUCUAUGCUUCAUGCCAUUCUAG